UUCAACAGCUGUAUUUGCCUUCCCAGGCGGCACAGUCCCAGCGGUUUUACCUCGGGGGCUGGAAGCGGGCGAGGCGCGGCGGCCGCACAACCGCGCCUCGCUGGCCGAGCUGUUCCUGCACAUGCUGCGCUACUACGCGGACUUCCCGUACGGCGCGAUGGCGGUGAGCGUGCGAGCGGGCGCGCGCGUGCCGGUGGCGGAGUGCCGCGCGGCGCGCGCGCACAAGAACGACCCGCACCAGUGGAAGCUGCUGUGCGUCGAGGGUGAGGCUUUUGUACUCUUGUUUCAGCCAGGCUAGGAUGCGUGCCGUGAAAACG